AUGGGAACUAACCCAAAAAGGACAGUGACAGUCCAGAUGGUGCCUCAGCUGGCUGUGGUGGACACACUGGGCAAUAAGGAGUCUAAUGCCAACUGGACUAAAGAUCCCAACCUCAAACUCUCUCAGGUUUGUCCAAAACCCACCCUCACAUCCCCUGACCACAAACAGGAUAACUUAGCUCUGACUACUGCUCCCACUAACACCAUCCCAAAUACCCAAAAAACAGCUUCCAAGGGAGGUGAACCAGUUAGCAGCACUGUGUCAGACAAGCCAGUUUCAGCCAAUGGAAACCAGACAAAAUCUGAGCAUGUGACUGGUGGAGACCAACAGAUGCCAGACCUGUCUCCAACAGGCAAAGGUGUGGGUGAGGCAGGAGUUGACCAGAGGGAUUCUAACGCUAAUAUGAAAAUGUUAAGUUUGGGCGAUGAAAAGGAUAUCUGUAAGGCUGGUUUGUCGUCUGCUGUUACAGCGUCAGUGGUUGACAUGCAAACCAAUGACUGCAGAAUGAAAGGGCCAAGUACAACUGAGGAGAAGUGUGCAAAGCCGACAUCCUCAGUUAAAGCCACAGCUCGAGAGGACAGUAAUAAACAUGUUUCUCCAAGUAAUAAAAAUCUUAACAGUGCCUUUGAAUUAAGGCAAACAGCGUCUGCACCCCAACAGGAUAAUAAAGGGAGUAUAUCAGCUCCCAAAAACAAGGACACUGCUAUAACACAGCAAUCUAAAGAGCAUGAUCAUAUACAAAGUUCCUCACAAAGCUCUGUCAGUGUGCAAGAGACUCCCAAACCGAAAAAAAGCAUGGAAACUAUAACUCCACUUAGCUCUACUAUACCUCCAUCUAAGAGCAAAGAAGCAGAGGCCGGGUCUACACAUAAGAAUUCAAGUUCAACACUCACAGAGAAGGAUUUGCAAGCACCAAAGAAACCACAAGUCUCCUCAGAUAAACAUCAGCCAGUGUCUUCACAGAAGGACUCCUCCACUCUGCCCCAGGCUAAACAAAACAUGGCGGCAUAUGGGCAGGUGGCUGAGGAAACCAGCCAGACUGACACAGCUGUCUUUGAAGGGCAGCAGCAGCAGCACUGCAAACUAUACAGGGAGGCUUCGACUAUGACCUCAUCCUCAUCAUCCACCCCAGUCAAGCGGUGUCAUGAUAUGGAGGUUCAGGCUGUGGCUAACACCUGCAGUAAGGCUGUGGCAACAAGUCCGAGCCUGCUGCCCUUCGCUAUGACUCGUAGGCCGAGUGGUGGUGCAGUCUCCAGGGAAGAGGCGCAAAGCCUGGCUGUAGUAUGUCAGGUGGACGGGGGUAUAGGUCUCCAUCAGAUGAACAUGACUUCUCUAUCCACUUCUACUGAUCCGAGGUCAGAGAGGCUCACUGUUGAGGCAGAGAUGUGCCACAACCAAAACACAAGCAUGGUUUUUAACUCUAUAUCCCAGCAACAAGAUGCCAGGCUAGGGGCUAAGCCUAAAGAACCGGGGGCAGCUUUAUGCAACAUCCAGCCAGUUUAUCAAAUCAACAUUGAGCACAGCAACCACAAGGAGGGAGGAGAGACAGGUAACUCCCAAUGUAAAACUGGAGCUCAGACAUCUGCAGCAAAAACAACCACUGCUGAAACCAACUCUUUCAAACCAGGAGCACCCCCCGAGACAGCCGGCGCUUCCAAGUCUGGAUCUGCUGACAGUCACAAUGCUGCUCUGUCUCAGGCUGCUGUUACAACCAAGCCCAACCAGGCCCUGCCAACAACAUCAGCAGCAAACACCACAUCCAAGACAGAUCCAACUAAAAACAAAGCUGAGAGUUCAAAAGAAAAGAAUAAAGAAGCUGGAGGUAAAGCCCUGUCAAAGGAGUCCAAUUCUGGCAAACAGAAGAUCGAACCCAAGAGAAGCGAAGAAGAGGAUGACCAGUCAGGGAAGCAGAAAGAAAAGAGUGUCCAUGAUGUUGUCUGGGACGAACAAGGGAUGACUUGGGAGGUUUAUGGGGCUUCUGUGGACCCAGAGUCCCUUGGUUUUGCCAUUCAGAGCCACUUGCAGUGCAAAAUCAAGGAGCAAGAGAGGAAACUGAUGGCCCAGACCUCCUUCCGAAAGUCAAUCUCUGGUGUUGACUCGCCGCGACAUGGCAGGAAGAACAAAAGGAGGCAGCAGAACAUUUUCAGGUCAAUGCUGCAAAAUGUCAGACGGCCCAACUGCUGCAUGCGUCCCCCUCCCUCCUCCGUCCUCGAGUAG